AUGUUGGCUACUGCGCAGGCCAAGGAGGUUUUUGAAUUUAAAGACUCCUUUCUCAGAAGGGUGGUUGACCAGAUUGACACGCUGACGUCUGACCUGCAGCUGGAGGAUGAGAUGACAGACAGUUCCAAAACAGACACGCUCAACAGCAGCUCCAGCAGCACAACAGCUUCCAGCUUGGAGAAAGUCAAGGUGCGGGGCAGCGCACCACUCAUCAAGCCACCCGCGCACCCCUCCGCUAUCCUCACUGUGCUGCGGAAGCCAAAUCCGCCCCCGCCUCCGCCAACUGACGCCCGUCAACGACUGACGCCCGUCAAGUGCGACGAGCCUCCGAGGCUGCCUCCUUUGGCCAACCCUGUCAAGACUAAUGGAACCCUGCUGCGAAAUGGGGGCUUGCCAGUCGGGCCCAACCGCAUCCCAAACGGAGAUACAUGCUGUGUACCGAACAGUAAUUUGGAGAAAGUUGUGAUGCAGCCUCUGAUGCACAGACCUGAGAAAGAGCGGUGUCCUCAGCCGGGAACAAGGGAACGGGUACGAUUUAGUGAAAAAGUGCAGUACCACGGCUAUUGCCCUGACUGUGAUGUUCGGUAUAACAUUAAAAACAGGGAGGUGCACUUGCACAGUGAGCCUGCCCGUGUUGUGGGAAAGCUGCCACACCAGUGCCCUCCCCUGCCACCUCCACCACCUCCGCUGCCUCCAUUUCCUCUGGAAAAUGGAGGGUUGGGGAUAAGUCCCAGUAAUAGCUUUCCUCCUCCGAGACCUGUGACUGUGCCUCCACACACCGCACCAAAACCCCAGAAGACCAUCCUGAGGAAAUCAACCACUACAACAGUGUGAUGUAUGCCACUUGAAUCAACUCUUGGUUUUUUCCUAUAUAUAAACAUAAAUAGGUAAUGAGCACUUUCUACUUGAGCAAUAAAAAGACCCAAUGUAUUACUCCCUGUGUCCAGUGAAGUGGCAUAAAAAU